CCACACAGCUGCGGUGCGGUGCGCGAUGUAGAGACGCAGACACACGGGCACGAGCAGAUGAAAAACGCACACACACGGUGGCGAGCUGAUGAAGCACGGGCUCAGUCACACCGAGAAACUUCGCGCGUUUGCAGAUGGACAAAGUUGAAGACGCGCUGAGACUUUAGUGAUCCUGCCAUCGUCUGGCCUGCGCGCCUAAUUACAAUGAGUGGAAAAGCGGCCCUCAACAAGGCGGUCUUCACACCGAAUGAUGAACGGAUGCUGGCAGCGGUACAGGUAAAGAGACGGACGAAAAAGAAGAUCCCGUUCUUGGCUACAGGAGGUCAGGGUGACUACUCAACAUUCAUUUGUUUAUCAGUGACCAGUAAGAAACCUACACAGGUGUUCAUCACAAAAGUAAAGCAGUUUGAGGGGUCGUCAUCAUUUGUAAGAAGAUCACAGUGGAGCAUCAGUCAGCUGAGAGAAGUGAACGCUCUCGACUCCACCCAAGAUUGUCCAGAGUUUGACCUGAUCUUUGAGAAUGGAUCAGAUCAGUGGACCGCUGGUUCAGCUGGAGAGAAGUCCAUGUUUAUUCAUAUCUUACAUCACACCUGUCAACGCUACAUGUCUGAAAGAAAACCAAACUUUAUCAACUGUCACUUAAGAACAUUGGAAGGUAACAGUGUUCUUCACAGCGCCACUGCCAGUGUAAGCAGUGCCGUACAGAAGGCCAGUCAGGCCCUGAAUGAACGCGGUGAGAGACUGGGACGCGUCGACGAGAAGACUGGCGAGAUGAUGAACAGUGCACAACAUUUCGCUGACACUGCACACAAGCUCGCCAUGAAGCACAAGUGUUAAGAUGUUUUGGGAUGUUUAUGGGAAACUGGUACUUAUUCUCUGUCAGAGACGUUCAGUGGAUUUACAUAAACGGCUGAGAACGUUGAACGGCACACAAAAACAUCUUUCCCUGUUCUCUUCUUGCUCAUUUUAACAUAAUAAGAGUUUUAAUAAUUGACAUCACAAAAUCAUUUUAGUGUGCAAUUCUUUUGUAAAAGAAAUCUAACAGUGAAUCUCUAAACCUAAAACUUUAUCUUACCUACAUUACAUUCUUUUGUUUUUUUGCUCACCUUGUUGUUAUAAAUAAAAACAUGUUUUGAUAAUUUUAUAUUAUUAUCUGAAUAAACUGACCUUCUAAAUGGAUCAUUUGAAAAUGUAGUAAAUCUUGCACAAGCUGAGCUGUUGAAAUAUCUUCACAUCACCUCAGAGAUCUAUAAACUUCAGUAUCACUGAUGUCCCCUUCAUACUCUCUCCAACAUACAGUGGAUAUACUCAAAAGAUUGAGACCACAUUAAAAGUCUUUGUUCAGUUGGAUUCUCUUUUGAAAAUAGAGAGACUACUCGUCCAACAUCAGUGGCUGACCUUACAAAUGUGGUUUUAGAAGAAUGGUCAAGCAUUCCCAUAAACACACUCUUAAACCUUGUAGAAAGUCAUCCAAGAAAAGUUGGCCAACUCCAUAUGAAACCCUAUGGAUUAGAAAUUGGAUUUCAUUCAUAUGUAUGUGCAUAUAAAGACGGUGUCCCAAAAAGUUUGGCAAUAUAUUGUAUGUUGUUAAUUACGCAAAUUUACAUCAUGUAAGGAAUCAUUUGAAUUAUUUGAAAAUAAUAAUGCACACCCAAGGUGGUAAUGUGGCAUGACGCAAAGCGGAGAUAUACUGUGGGUGUGCAUUAUUUUCAAAUAAUUUAAAGGACCGGAGUCAAUUAUUCUGCUUAUAACACAGUUACCACAGACAUCGCUCUGGUGGUUAUUUGACAGCUUAGGUGUGCAUUUUACAGAAAAAAAAUCAAUACCCAUGAAACAUAUCUCAACCAAUCAGAACAAAGCAUUCAACAGGCUCGUGCGUGGUAUAAACCGUAUUAAUUCAUAGGGCAGUAUCUGGGUUAGGCUGUGUUAGUUUCAGGCAGUUGUUAUCUUGGAAUAAAAUACCUUGAAAUGUUGCAACUGGCCAAUCAGAUCCCAGCAUUUUAGAGUGCCAUGUAAUAAUA